UCCCUUCACCCAGAGCUUUUCAGCUUCAUAAAAAGGGCGCUAGUCAGGGAUCUGAGAGAUUGCACCGAACGCUCAGAAGGGAUAUUAUGAAAAGUGAAUGGCAGCGUAUCUCCUUCCCCAUCGCUUUUCCAGGCCCGAAAUCCCAGGAAUUAGGGAGUGGUGCUCUUGAGUUUUGUGCAAACGCUGCAGGAUGGGCAGAAAUCACAGAGCAAAUAUUGUUAACCUAGAAGCUUCUCUCCCCCUCAGAAGCAAAAGGAGUGAAUUGCCCUAAGCAGUUUGAGGACUGGUUCUGAGGAGAAUUUUAGACACUUUCCCCUCAGAAACAACUAGGAUUUUCCCGCUCUUUUUCCUGAGGCCACCAGAACAGCAGGUUCAAAAUGUUUCCCUCCAGAGCAGCAUCGGAAGAGCCUUUGGCCAGUCAAAGAAAUAAGAUUUGUGAGGGGAGUUCAUCAUGAGGAGUUUAAAAUGUUCCUUUCCCUGGGGCAGGCGGGGGGGAUUUGGGGCGCAAAAGAUGUUGCCAAACUACAACUCCCACCGGCCCCAGCUAGCCUGGCCAAAGGGCCCAGUGGUGGGAGUUGUAGUUCAGCAGCCUCAGGAGGGGACGGCCCCAUCACAUUUAUACCGGGAGGCAAAUUCCUGUCAGCUCUUCCACUCUCUGAAUACACAGAAUUUCCUCCUUCAUCUGUGAGGGGUUGGAAGGGUUCCCCCAGAGCAUGGCCCUGCUGCCCCCACAGUGCACAAAAAUGGAAGAUAAUAUUUAUUGCGGUUGUUGUUUGUACACCGCCCUUCACCCAAACAUCUCAGGGCCCUCCUGCCGGGGUCGACUGCUUUUGUUCCAGAAAGCCUCUUUUCUCCUAAUCUCAUAUAAAUUGAGGCUGGUUGUGGCUCAGUGUUGAGGGAAACCUUCCUCUGCUGCCAAGAGCCCACAUAUCUGAGGCCAAGAUGGAGGCCCUGCUGACAACCUCUUUCCCAAAAGCCCAGGGGGGAGAACAGAUCCCUGGUGAUGUCGAUCCCUGCUGUAUGAAGCUUCCAUGGAUCCAUUUUGGGUCCAGAUACCAGGAAAGGGAGGGUUGUGCAACUAAGGUCCUUGAUUCUGCAUGGAUCCGACUCGUGGGGAGGCCGCAGGAGGGGGUUGGACUGGAUGGCCCUUGGGGUCCCUUCCAACUCUAUGAAUCUCUGUUUAAGAGCCUUUUUGGAGUGAAAUGCUGACGAGUGGAAAUGGGUUCCCACUAUCUUUCAACUUCCUUCUCCCCCUGAAAGUGAUCCUUGUCCCCUUGCACUUUGUGACUCCCGAAUAUAUAAAAGGAAAAGUGGCCUCUGUGCCUGAAGCAGACUUGUGCUUUAUGAGGGGACCAACGCAAGUCGAGACAAACUCAAGCAAGAGAGCCACUUGGAGGCAAGAUUCAUCCGAUUUCCACGUUUCUGGGAGGUGAAGGCAGGAGAGCUAUCUGGACCAGAGCCAUGGACAGAUCAGACAACCCGGUUAAAAUACCAGCCCUGGGCCGCCCAUUCCAGCUGGGGAUGCUGUACGACUGUCGUAAAGAUGCCCUCAUCCCAGGAAUCACCCUUUGGGACCAUGACUCGCUUCAGAAGGACUUGUGUAUCAAACCGCAACCCAAGGCUGAAUAUGAAAUCAUUGCAUCUGACUCUAUCGAUAAUAAGGCCUCUGCCCUCAAUAUCCCUGCAUCACUCAAAGCCAGUUUUUUGGUGGGAUUGGUUGAAGUGGGUGGAUCAGGCAAAUUCCUUCAAGACACCAAGAAGUCCACGAAACAGGCCAGAGUCACUCUGCAGUACAAAGCUACCACCAAGUAUUCACAGCUGACCAUGAGCCAUUUGGGAAUCCGAAAUGUCACUUAUCCAGCUGUUUUUGAGCAUGGCACAGCCACCCAUGUUGUCACUGCCAUCUUGUAUGGAGCCCAGGCUUUCUUUGUGUUUGACCGAAAUGUCUCUUCUUCCGAGUCUGUGCAAGAUAUACAAGGAAGCCUCCACGCUGCAAUCAACUUGAUUAAAGUCUCUAUCAAAGGGGAAGCAUCUGUCAAGAUGGAGGAGAAGGAGAAAGCCCAAACAGAGAAUUUCAGCUGCAAGUUCUAUGGGGAUUUUUCUUUGGAAAGUAAUCCGGUGACUUUUCAAGAUGCCAUGAAAGUCUACAGCGAUCUGCCCCAAAAGCUUGGGGAAGAUGGAGAGAAGGCUGUGCCUGUCAGAGUUUGGCUGUACCCACUGACCAAGCUAGAUUCCAGAGCAGCUAAGAUGGUGCGUGAGAUCAGCUUAGCACUGAUCUUUGAUGCUCAAACUAUCUUGGAGAAACUGAAUGAAAUCAACAUGCGAUGUAAUGAUCUGGCUAUGAAUCCUGUUGCUGAAAACUUCCCAGAAUUAAAGAAGAAAAUCAAGAGAUUCAAGGAUCUGUGCAAGCAGCACAGGCAGACUUUCCAGAAACACCUGGCAGGAAUCCUGCCUUUGAUCCGGGGAGGGAGGGAAGAAGAAAGUGUUCUGGCGGACAUUUUAACGUCUAUUAAGCUGUCUCCCUUCAACAGCCGAAGACUCAGUGAGUUUUUGGAUGCCAAGGAACGAGAGAUUAAUUUGGUGAAUUCUUACCUUAGAAUCCUAAGUGGAAUGGAAGUAAUCUCUUCCCAGAACAAACUGGAAGAAAUCGUGCUAAACCCUGUGAAUGAGUUUGUUGUCUCAUUUACCUUCACUUCUUUACAUGAUGAGGAACCAUUUUUAGCCACCUUACAAGACUGGCUUCAGAAAGCUUUUUUUCAGGAAACAGCAAAUUCCACCAGUGGCCAGUCAACACCCAAGAGCAGUAAAGCCUGGUUUGAGCACCAAGAGAGAAAUCGGAAGGCUCGUAAAGCUGCCAAAUCCAUUACAGAUUUUGCCCGGGUCAAUGAAUCCAAAGGGAAGACCCGGUUCCUUGUGGCUUCUGUCCCAGAUCAGGACAACCCAGGAGCUACCAUUUAUCUCUAUGAAGAUGGGGAGAUGUUCAGCAGGAACUUCAAGCUGCCCUCAAAACCUCUCCCUCCCCUGGUUGGCCGAAUUGGACAUGAGAGUGUGCAGCUGACAUUUCAACCAGCUGAGUAUGGGAGGGCUUCAAUCUCCAGCUAUCAAGUAGAGUACAAGAUUGCAGGAGAAGGAAACUGGGAGAUUGUGAAUACUGAGGACAGUCAGGAGACAUUCCAAGUGAGAGGGUUGAGCGCAAACACAGAAUACCAGUUUCGAUACAGCGCUAGGAGCAAACCAGGACUUAGUGAGACCAGCAACGUGAGUAAAUCUGUACAGACACUUUCUACCAGCCCUCCUGGGGAACUGAGAGUGAUAAUCGCAGAGUCUUCCAAAAUCAGUAUAGCCUGGGAGAGCCCAAAGAUCAUUGGCCAGGGAGCUGUUAUAAAGGAAUACAAAGUGGACUACAGUGAAGAGGCUGGAGAGGCAAAAAGCAAGGACAAAGAUGAAUGGGCUGAAAAAAGAACAGGGAAGAAAACAGAGUUCUGUGAGAUGGAUGGUCUGAAGCCCCAGACACCCUACAGAUUCAGAGUCUCAGCCAUGUGUGCCGGUGGGGCUGAGAGUGAGCCCAGCAAAGAGAUUGAGGUUUCCACAUCAUUGGAAGGAGACGAGAGCAGAGCAGCUUGUCAAUACCUCCAAGGCAGAGGAGAGCAGAAGCUGUAUGAUCAAAUCGAAGAAAAAAAGUCCUCUGUAUCAGGCAAAAUUAGGAAAUGGAUGGCAUCUGUUGUAAACUGGCUUAAAUAAGGGGGUCGUGUAUAGCUUUUCAGGCACCCUUUGUUUGCUUUUGGCUAUCAGCAGAGAGCUCAGGUUCUGUGAGUGUAAUUCAGACCAGAGUCUCUUGCUCUCUGUGCAUACUUGGGUGAAGGUGGCUAUGGAAACAUUUGUAGCUCUUGUGAGGUGAGCUUAUCCACAUCUACAUUUGCCUGGCCAGUUUCGCUCGGGGAAAUCUUUAGUGCUGAAUCAGAACUAACAGCAAUCAGGUUUUCCGUGGAAUGCCAUUUGUUCUGAUUUAGCGCUAAAGAGCAGGCACAGCUCCAAGCAGUGGGGCAAAGGCAAAAUUGCUUGGAGCUGUGCCUGGAAAGUGUGCAAUGAGAGGAAAACUGCUCAGAACCAUGCUUCCCAGGCACAGAACAGACAGAAGUGUGAACGAGCCCUUUGUUGCUGCAGACAAAAUGCUUCCCGGUCAUUGUUCCUACCCGCUUAUUGUCUAAUUGGUGCUGGGUGAAAUGCUGUUCUCUCCAGGGAUUUGUAUUAUCUCCAAUGACGACUACUACUA